GCUGCUCCUGUUGCUGCUGUUUCUGCUGCUACUUCUUCUAUAGUUACUGUGUGUGUGUGUUUUAUUGACACAAGUCUGUCAGAGAUUGUGAUGAGUAAUUUAAAGCACAAUUGGAGAUUAGCAAAGUCAUGAAUGUAGCUGAAUCUACGUGUCAUUUGGUGUGCAAGAAAUUUAGGAAAAUUACUAAAUAGCGUUUCUUUAAAAGUUUGUGGCGAGGAUUUUCUUCAUGUCAUCAUGCUCAGCCCCAAAAUGCAAAGGACUGUACGUGUUAACGAAUCCCAGCUGUUGAUGUUGUCGGAAAAAGCUCGUUAUGACCACUCAAUUUCUGGCUACCUGCAUAAACGUACGUCAGACUCUACAAAAUGGCAAAGCCGAUGGUUUGUUCUUUAUCAAAAUGUACUUUUUUAUUAUGAAAAUGAAUCAUAUUCGCGUCCUAGUGGUAUUAUUUUGUUGGAAGGUUGUUACUGUGAGCGAAUUAUAGCCUCUAAAAGCAAGGAGCUAGAUAAACAGCAUUGUUUUGCCAUCUCUUAUAGACGAGAAAACUUGAGACAAUACGAGUUGAAAGCUUUAACUGAAACAAGUUGCAAAAUGUGGAUAGAAGCAAUUUGCGAAGCCAGUUUUAAUAAAGUUUUAUUACAAAAAGAAGAACUUGAACAGAAACAUUUACAUUUGUUACAAAUAGUGGAAACUGAAAAAACAGCAAAAUGGCAAUAUACUCAACAAUGUGAGGAUUUAGCAUCUGAAAUUAAGAAACUUCGUGCAGAGCUAUGUGCUCUUAAAAAAGAAUUGAGACCCAGUUCGGUUAGUAUGGGUAGUGCAGCAGUAGCAGCAUCUUUUACGGGAUACGGCAUGAGGCGACAUUCUAUCCAGAAAAAUUUUUCACAAUGCAUUUGUAAUUGCAACAAUAAUAAUAACAACACAAGAGCUGCUUCUGCAACAACAGCCACAACAACACAGGUUUCAUCCUUACUCUCAGCCAACUCUGAGUUUGAAUGUGGUAAUAAUAGCAGUACUAAUGGUGGUGGUGGUGUCAGUCGGCACUGUUUUAAAGAAAUUAGCGAAGGCUCUAUCGAAAUGCAGAAAAUUAAAAAAGUACAAAGUUUUUUUCGUGGAUGGUUAUGUAGACGGCGUUGGAAACAAAUAGUAGAACAAUACAUUAAAAGCCCGCAUGCAGAAAGUAUGAGAAAAAGAAACAGUCUAGUUUUUCAAAUGGUAGAAGCUGAAGAAGAAUAUACAGAGCAAAUGGAAAUACUUGUUAGUUGUUUCUUGAGGCCUUUUAAAAUGGCAGCGAGUUCAAAGAAGCCUCCAUGUAGUCAUGAGGAUGUCAACAGCAUUUUUUUAAAUAGUGAAACCGUUUUGUUCUUGCAUCAAAUUUUUUUAAAAGGUCUUACUUCUCGCAUGGAGAGUUGGCCAACUCUCGUUUUGGGUGACUUGUUCGAUAUGCUUCUUCCAAUGUUAUCAAUAUAUCAGGAAUAUGUUCGAAACCAUCAUUAUAGUCUUCAAGUGUUGACAGAAUGUAAACAAUCGUCAUCGUCAUUUGCAGCAUUAUUAAAUCGACUGGAAAAGAAAUCUGCAUGUCACGGAAGGUCUCUUGUAACUUUUUUAACCUACCCUAUGAAUCAGAUUCCACGAUACAUAGUGACAUUACAUGAAUUAUUAGCUCAUACACCACACGAUCACGUUGAACGUAAAAGUUUACAAAAUGCUCGUCAACAGCUAGAGCAACUUUCUAGACAAAUGCACGAUGAGGUGAGCGAAACGGAAAAUUUACGAAAAAAUCUAGCUGUGGAAAGAAUGAUUAUUGAAGGAUGUGAUAUUUUACUAGAUGUUAAUCAAGUUUUUGUUAGACAAGGUGCACUGAUGCAAGUACUAGAGAAAGCUAAUCAUCGCGGUACAAGGAGAAAGAAGAGUUCAACGUUUGGUGUAAAAAAUAUAAGCGACAAAGAAGCUAUUAGGCAAUGCUUUCUAUUUUCAAAUCAUUUAAUACUUGCAACUAGACAAUCAGAUGACGAUGGUCGCUUAAAUCUAGUUCCUCAAAUUGGAAAAAUUCCUUUAUGUGAUGCUGUUUUAAUUGAAGAUCCCAGUGAUCAAACUGCAACAACAGAUGAUGAUGAAUUAUCAAUUUGUUCAGUGUCAAGCGGCGGAAUAAGCGAAAGUAGUGGCAGUGGUAGCGGCGGCGGUGGUUAUUCUGGGCAAAUACAAAAUCGAGAUUUUAAAAUUAUUCUUGAUUUGAAAGCAGCUGGAGGUCAAGUAGCAGUCCAUUUGGUUGCACCUACAGUGCAGGAGAAAGCUGCUUGGAUCAGUGAUAUUAGUCAGUGUAUGGAUAAUGUGCGUUUUAAUGAGUUUUUACAUAGUUCACUGUCUGAAACUAGUUCUGUGUCAAUGCCUCGAUCUAUUAGAAAUGAUCCAAAACUUUUCAAAGAUGACGUUGAUAUUAGAUUUAGUCGCACUUUAAACUCAUGUAAAGUGCCUCAAAUUCGCUAUGCUACACCAGAUAGAAUACUGCAAAGACUUACUGAUCUUAGAUUUUUAAGUAUUGAUUUUCUCAACACUUUUUUGCUUACAUAUAGAGUUUUUACUGAUGGUGUAACUGUAUUAGAGGCCUUGAAAAAAGUCUUUAAUGACGCUGAACCUCCAGAUGCUCCUCAAAUUUACCCUAAUAAUAAUGUCGGAACAGCUAAUUUAUUCUCAAUUGGUAAUAAUCAUCAGUCCCAGCAACAACAACAACAACUUUGUGAAGAUGAUUGUAUAAAAAGUAAUAAUUUCAAAACACCAAGACGACAGAGUGGUGCUAGCUCCGUAUCUGGCUAUGGAUCUGAAAUAAGUGAAUGCGGCAAAUCAGAAAUGCCAAAAAGUCAUGCAGGAUACUUGGAGCUUUCAAGUGCAAUGGACACCACUACGAAUGCAGAGGGAACUAAUGCAAAUUCAACUUUAAUUGCUUUAAAAAGUUCUCAUCACUAUUGUUCUGGAUUUUAUAAAUUGAAAGAAAAUGAGCAAGAGUAUCGUAACAUUCAACAAUCAAUUAAAAUCGACCAAUCAAGAGCUCCCAUUAUUGAUAUCAGGUCAGAUCAAUCUUCACAGCAAUCAUUAUCUAAUAAUGAGAUUCAAGAAGAACCAACAAUCUUUAUGGACAAAUUAGGCAAGUGUACAAGUACUGCUACUGAUGAUUUGGUAUAUUUAAAAAUCCCCAAGGUUAUAGCAGUUUCCUCUAGCGCUGAGACACUGACUGAUAAUACCGUUGUAAGUGCACCAUCCUCUCCAAGUAAUUUGAGUUCAGUUACAUUAGUCGGAUCUACAGGUUCUGGAUCGGGUUCUGAUCUAAAUACACAACGAGGAGAUAUUGAUAAAACUUGGUCACGUGGAAUUUCUGACGAAACAAUUACAAAAGAUGCUCCUCCAAUGUUGGAAAUGGAAAAAGUCCAGUCAAAAGCAGAUGAACGUAUAGUUUAUGAAGAUUUGCCAGAGCCUCAACAUGUUACAACAACAACAACAGCAAUAGCAUCAGGGGCGUCAACAAGAAGCGGUUCUUUUUCUACUACUUUUAGUGGAAAUUAUUGGUCUGGAAGACGAUCAAUUCCGGAAAAUGAAAUUUACACUUCUUCUUCCCAACAAUGCAGUGUUCAACAUGAUACACAGCAAGCUUCUAGUAAAGCAGGUGUUGUAAUAACAAGUUUUCGUCCUGAUCGUCGCAGAAACAGUAACUCAACUGCAGCUACUGCUUUUGCUAUUGCAACAUCAGCAUCAAGCAAUCCACCAGAUAGGGUUCAUGAACGUCGUCACCACAUUAUAAAUGAUGGGAGCAGCAGCAGUAAUCGAGUGUGUGCAGGAUCAUGCAAAGAGAAAUCAAAACGAAAAGAAUCUGUAAUGUCUACUGCCGCAACAAUGCGUAUUUUAAAUGUACUUGGACACUGGGUGUCUAAACAUGCUCAAGACUUUGAAUUGGAUUCACAAUUGAAUCAAUUGACGAUUGAAUUUUUAAAAGAUAUAACAUACAGUUCCAAUUUACUUCCGUCUGAGCACAAAGCAGCUAAUCGAAUUCUUAGACUAUUGACUAUUAAAGAAGAAAUGGAUGACAGUAAAAUAGACUUGACUCAAUUGCUUGCUCCACCUACGAUUCACACAAAGGAGAACAUUGAAACGCUGUCUGCUUUGGAAAUUGCCGAACAAAUGACUUAUUUGGAUCAUCGAAUUUUUGUCUCAAUUGCUAGCGAAGAGUUUCUCAGUCAAGCAUGGAUGAAGGCUGAUAAAGCCACGAGGGCGCCUCACGUUACAUUGAUGACUAAACGCUUCAAUCAUGUUUCUUUGCUUGUUGUUUCUGAAAUUGUUAGAAGAACUUCCAUGUCUGCUAGAGUAGCAGCUAUAGAAAAAUGGACAGCAGUUGCAGAUAUAAGCAGAGUUCUUCGCAAUUAUAAUGGUGUAUUACAAAUAUGUGCUGCAUUCACAAAUAGCAGUGUAUACAGGCUAAAAAAAACGUGGGAGAAAGUAUCAAAAACGACAAAACAAACAAUUGAAAGGCUUCAGAUUAUUGUGUCAUCUGACUGUAGAUUUCGCAAUCUGCGCGAUGCUUUGCAUCGCUGCGAUCCACCGUGCAUUCCAUAUCUCGGCAUUUAUCUAACUGACCUGUCUUUUAUUGAAGAAGGAACUCCCAAUUUUACUGAAGAUGGUUUAUUGAAUUUUUCAAAAAUGAGAAUGGUAGCACAUGUUAUUCGAGAAAUUCGACACUUUCAACAAACCCCAUAUAAGAUUGAGUUAAUCAAAAAAGUAACAAAUUAUCUUUUAGAUCCAUCUCUUUUAUUAGAUGAGGAUGAAAUGUAUAGUAUGUCCUUGACAAUUGAGCCCAGGACAUCAAGGUUAAGUAAUGUAGGAUUGACUAAUCUGUACACGUCACUGAUAACUUCUUCAACAAUUAGUACAACAACUUCUACUAUUUCAACGACAAUCAAAAGCAAUAACAAUCAACAUUUAUCGUCUGUGUAAUUAAUGAAGCUAUUCGUUUCUUCAAUGAUGUAUCUAAAAAGAUUCACUUUCACAAAAUCGCGCGCGCGCGUUUUCUAAAUUCUUUUCUUCUUAACUUGCAAAUAUUGAAAGGUAGGGUUGAUUAUUAUUUUGGUUCAUUGAAACACGCAAUUUUCAAACUUUUUAUAUAUAUCACUUUGACUUUUCUACAAGAAGAAAUUACUACGCGAGAAUUUGAAUUAAUAUUACUUGUGCUUUUAAUGCCCAUAUAUUGUUUUUACCCUUCAUAUCUUUAUAAUUUGGGCGCGCACUCUUUUUCACUGUGCCAAAAGUUGAGUCCUCUUGGG